AUGUUCGUCCAGCGCAUGCUCAAGGACCCGGCCUUCGCCGCAAAGGUCAAGGAACAGCAAUUGAUAGCCGCCUCAAAAGGGCAAAACGCGGACCCGAACGUCAUCGACGAGGCGACGGCGCAGCGAUAUUUGGAUGAGGACGAAGCAGCUCAAAAACGAGAGAAGACGGAGGUCAAGCCCAUGUCACAGAAGGAAGCCGAGAGCCUGGAGCGCGUCGACAACCGCGCCGAGCAAGUCAAGGUCGUCGCGCAGUCGCUGGCCUUCGUGGGGCUCGGUGUGCGGGCCGUGGCGGCGGGCAUGCUCGGCGCGACGAACGAUCCCGAGGUGGCGCGGGACGUCUGUACCAUAAUAAGACAAGCCCACAAGCCGGAAGAAACAAGGGUCGGUGAGGCGUUUAGAGAAGGUGAGAUGAUCGACGUGGAGACGGUCGAGGCGAUGCUGGGCGAUGUUUCAAUACGAUGGGUGGCCGUCGAGGCGGCCUCCGGGCGGGGCGUGGAACAGGACGGCGCGAGACUGGGCGUCGCGGCUUUUAGUGUUGCGGGGAAUAGGUGUGACGUGCGUUUUUUAUGUGUCAGGCCGACGUACCACGGGCUGUACGUAGGGCAUCGACUCUUGGAGCGCGUCGAGCGGCUCGCGGUGGCCGCGGGCGCGCGGCAGCUGUGCUGCUGCGUGCCGUCUUGUAGAACGUCGAUGCGGCGGUGGGUCGAGCGGCGGGGCUUCCGGCCCUUAUCGGUCGCGCCGUUCCCGCUCGAGGCGCUCCCGUUCAAAAUUACGAGAGCGGACGCGAAGCUUGUUGUGUAUGGAAAAGACAUCGGCGACGCGCAGCCGCCGCCGCCGCCGUCGUACGAUAAUAUGGAUUAG